UGUUUCACUACAGGAGAAGGAGCUGAAACUGUACUGUAAAAAAAAAGUCCACAACUUCCAAAACUCAGUCGGAAGUGCAUGUUAGGAAAUGAACCGAAAUGGGGACCUGCUCCAAGUGCAGCUCAGCCGUGUCCGUGUGACUGAUUUGGGGUGUUUUUAGGGGGGUGUUCAGGCUCUGAUCGCCGCCCAGCACCAGCAGUCUCCCCCCGGGAGCCUCAGCGCCUCUCUGGAUCCGAGCGGAGGGGGAAAAUGUGAUUUCUCUGUGGCCCGCGCCGCUCGCUUGCAUGCGCGUCUGCUUCGCGACGCUGUCCCGGGGAAAGCGGACGAUGGACCGGAGCUACCCAAGCCCGGGCUUCGGGGAGCCGCUGGCCGCGGCAGGCCAGAGCCCGGGCUGGGCCUACGAGCGCCCUGCCGGCGGCCUAACACCCAGCUCCAGUUAUGGUGCUACACACUUAGAGACGGAGCUUCUCCAUCGACAGACUUAUGCCUCCACACAUUCGCUCCCUACCUACACCACCUCUCACCACCCUACAGGUCUGUCUGGUGUCUUUGAUACAAAUCUGCACAGCACCGGAAGCAGUACCACUGAAUCAUCAGUCAUGAAUUUCCUUUCUUCCAUUGAAUCCCGAGGCCUUCAGGCUGGACCUGCAGCCACGUCUCUCCUCCCUCAGUUUAGGACACCUCCGUGGCAGACUGGUACAAAUUCCUCAACAGAACUCUUCCUCACCGGAGCCCUUCCUUCUUCUGGAACGUUCCCCACGCCUUCUGCUCUUUCGUCGUUUCAGCACCCCAGCACCUUUCCCACUAGGGGUUUUUCCAGUACCUCGACCCUAACUGUUCAGGACACCACGUUCAACCCAUCAAAUGGUUUGCUGUCCCCUACUGACCCUCUUCUUCAGAUCAAAUCCCCCCAGAGUACUGUACCAACAGCUCUUGCCUUUGACCGCCUGGGCAGUGCUUCGCUGGCCGCUGGCCUACCGCCCCAGUCAUCCACAUAUCGUUCAGCCCAGGAGUCUGCCCCCCACCUUCUGCAACCUCAGUUCAGCCUGCUGCCCUCUGCCCUGGGCAACUCUCAGCAGGCUUCUUCACAGCCUUAUGGAGCUCCGGUUUUCUCUGGCUCAAUCGAACGAGCACUUCAGCGUGAAUGUAGUGUCAUCAAGCACCACCAGCGGCCUUCCAGCACUCAGUCUGUCCAGGAGACUUUGCCUGGCAGUGUGCAGCACUCUUUGCAAGGUUACCUGCCUGAUGACAGUGAUGUCAACUACCAGCAGGAUCCCUCUCGACACACACCUGUACCCAGCAGUCCCGCUGGAGAUCCGACCCAGGCCGUUAAUGUAAACGCUCAACAAGAGACAACCUCCUCCUCCUCUGUUCCUUCCCCAGGGUUUUCCUCUUCAUCAGGAGUGAAAGCCAAAGAUGGUUCUUCCAAAAUAACAGAGCAUCCCAGUGAGAGCACAGAGCCGCAUGCUCAGACAGCUUCCUCUGGCCAGAAACAAGGCUCUGUUAUAGCUAGCCAGUCGCAACCGUACACGUCUGCACAGCUUCCCAGCCUGAUGUCCAUCAGUCCAUCGCAAACUUACAUCACCUCUCAGAGUUUGUUGAGCAACCUCAGCCAAGCACAGGCCUUCUCUCCUGGUCAGCCUGAGAAACUGCCCUCCAUAUACAAACCAUUGCCGUCGUUUGCUAGCCAGUCAGAAAACGACACACCCGUCAGCCAGUCACUCAUUUACUCUUCCAGUCAGCAGCAGGUCUUGUCUUCUGCAGCAAACAGGGAAGAUUAUGAGGCACAAGUACAAGGACUUUGCAUGAGCAAUCCCUCUCAGAAUUAUUCUUCCAGUCACGCUCAGGGUCUGCCAGCUGCCAGUUACUAUGCCCAGGGGCCAGCGUCUGGUAGCCCCUCCCAGAACUAUACGUCAGGUCAGUCCCUCACCUCUAGUCCUCCAUUCUCUUCUUCCCGUGUCCACAGUUUACCAACCUCCAGUUCCACCCAGGAUUACAUCCUAAUGCAGCCUUCUCCAGGCAGCAAGUCCGAUGGACUGCUGCAGUCCCAGAAGUAUUUGUUGUCUGUCCAUUCACCAACUUCCUCUACUGCUACUUAUACACAAGCCUUACAGAAAAACCAAACGUCAGUGGAACAGAAACAAGCCUAUGGCAAAAGGAAACAAGACGAAACUCUGUUCCUCUCCUCUAAAGAGGGCUGCGGUGAGCUUCCUAUUCAAGAUGUGCAGGCAUUACAGCAGGCAUCUGUGGGGACCUCUACACAAGCUAUCACAAACACUGAUAUUGGGAUACAGAACAAUAUUGUAUGUGUUGUGUCAAAAAUGGAGGACAGGCACAACACGCAGAGCGUGAUCCGAAGUAACUCGCGAUCAGAGGAUCAGAUCAUAGGCCUCUCGCAAAUGUCAUCUGUCAAAGAUGAGAGAAUGAGUACUUUGGGUCAGCAUUCACAGCUUGUAAGCAGUGCCCAUGCACAUGUAACCUCUGUUCCAAAAAAUAGCGCUACAUUAAUGCAGCCCUCCCAUGUGGCCUUGAGCACUGACCAGCUGAAACAACACUCUCUGCUUCUCAAAGCCCCUGCCGUUCAGCAAGAGAACCAUCAAACCCAGAACAACAGAGUUCAGCUGCCAGAUCACAGACAGGUGCCUCAGAACCAGACACAGUAUGUUCGGAUUCCCAGUGCACAGGUCUUGAUGGACCCCACACAGAUGAUACUCCUCCAGCAGUCUUUGCUCCAUGCAGGAACUAACCAGUCAAAGCCGGCGGUGCAAAUGCAACCAGUGCCGAUCCAGUAUCUGCAGAUGAAUAAUGACAUUGUAAAUUCUGCUGGCAGCACGCAUGGGAACCAACAGCAGAAUCACCAGGCUGCAGUGUCUGCAGAGUCCGCCAAGCAGCAUCUGGCAUCAAAAGACAAUUUCAGCAAUCCAUCAAAUCCACAUGACGCCAAGCAGCACUUUACCUUGAACUCCAUCUGCUUCCCUGAAUCCAUCCUAAUGGCAGAUGAGAGAAACAUUCUCUCCAAUGUGGAUGACAUCCUAGCAGCCACAGCAGCUGCAUGUGGAGUCACGCCACAGGACUUCAAAUCCACGUCCUCUGAAGGGGAAUUACCAACCAUAUCCAAUGCUGCAGACUCAAAGUGCCACUUUCAGUUAGUUGAGAACAGACAUGAAGCUAACAGUUUCUCUACCCAAAACAUGAUCAUUGCAAACACACAAACCAUGACCUUGACCCUAAAUGGUGCUCAACUGACAGCUAAUGUUCACAAAGACAUCGGUGGGCACCAAGCAUUUACCCUUGCAAAUUCCCACAUGCAACACGACAACCUUAAGCAAGAAACAUCCGAUAAGGUGACAAACUGCCAUGAGAAAAACGAGGCAUUGCCCAAGGGACAGUGUGUUAAUCCCAGUAAUGAUUCUUCCUUAAAUUCCAGUGGAGGUAGUGUAAACACCCACAACCACUCAGAGUUUCACCUGGCGGGCCAGGAGUAUAACCCAACUGGGCUUGUGAAAACAGACAAUCUGUCAAAAGUUCUGAAUCAACCCAAGGGAAUAAAGAACGUUAAGAUGGAGGAUGGCAGUAUGGAAUGUUCUUCUGAUGGUCUUCUGAAAAAGAAAGUCAGGUCCAAGGGCUCUUCUAAGCAAUCUGGCGAAGAUGAAAAUGGUCAGCCCAAAUCUCAGAAAAGAACUAGCCAAGCUAAGCGACAGAACUCCAGAAGUAGUGAGACAAGUUCAUCUUCCACGUCUGAGGGAUAUGACAGCUACCAGCAGCAGGAAAGGAUGCGUCAAAAAAUAAGAGAGGUAGAAGAGAAGCAGCCAGAGGUUAAAACUGGAUUCAUUGGAUCUUUCUUGGACUUCCUUAAAUCUGGGCCCAAGCAGCACUUCUCCUCUCCACCCAUAAGAUCACCAAACCGCACAAGAAAGCCUUCAGUCUCUAAGAGACUUUCUAAUCCACUGUCUGUCCCCCUUAAACUCUUGCCUCAGUCAACGCAGUUGGUAUCACCAGACAUCCAUACUGUUAGCUCUAGUAAGAGACUAGAUGAGGAGCUUCAGAAGAACCUGGAAACGCUUCCAUCUUUCUCCUCUGAUGAGGACGAAUCAGUUGGUAAAAACCAAGACCUUCAAAAGAGCAUUAGUUCUGCUCUUUCCUCCUUAGAUGAACCCUCAGACAAGAAGCAGAAGUUAGACAGCACAAGUUCAGAGGACUUCACAAAGCAAGAGCAGCCAUCAAGCACCCAGUUGACAGAUGCAAAGCCACAGGAGCUGCAAAAGCCUGUGCAAAAGGAAGUGUCUGCUGAGGAAUUGGUGAAGAAUGUGCCUCCAGACAAACUGGCUGUACAGCUGACCACUGUAGCUAUUGAAGGCCUAACAGACGAGGAACUGUCUGACAGUGAAGGAGAGGGCAUGUACCGAGAACGAGAUGAGUUUGUUGUGAAAAAUGAGGAAAUAGACAGCCUCAAGAUCACAUUGAAGGCGGGAGUAGAGCCACCAGCCAUCUGGAAGGUACAGAAGGCCUUGCUGCAGAAAUUCAUACCAGAGCUGAGAGACGGAAAACGAGUGUUUUCAGCCACCAACAGUUAUCUGGGUUACUUUGGAGAUGCUAAGACCAUGUACCGGAGAGUGUACGUCAAGUUUCUCGAUACUGUGAACAAGCGGGAGUACGUGCGCGUCUGCAACAGGAAACCAAGGUGCAAGCCCAUGCAUUCCAUGAGAGGCUGUCAGAUGAAGGCUCUUCUGGCCCACAGCGCUGCAGCCCCGGCCGUGUCCGACUCCUCCUCACUGAAGCCCAGCACAAAGCAGGGCCUGUCCAAGCCCAGGCCCAAGCAGGCCAAAACAAAGGCUGAACCUCCACCCAAAAAGAGGAAAAAGUGGAAGGAGGAGUUCACAACCCCUCCACUGGACUCCUCUCCAGAGGCUGGGAGUGAAGAUGAUGAGUUUACUCCUCCUGUCCCGUUUGCCACGCGCUUCCUGAACACCAGGACGAUGAAGGAAACCUUCAGGAGUUUUGUGGAGCUGCUCAUCAGUGUUGCCCUGGAUGCAGACGUAAUGAUCGCACUCGAGAGGGAAAAUGAUGAACUUCUCCUGCCACAUAUGAAGAGAGUGGAUGGAAUGAUUACAGACAACAGGAGGAGACUCCUUCCUAAACUGCGCGUGGGUCAGGUUUUCAAAAAUGCCUUGGACAGCUUUCCGGAGUUGGCUGUAGUAACAGAACUGAAAACAGAUGGAGAGACCCCCACUUUUAAAGUCCGACUGAGUGGGAAGGCCUACAAUAGGAAGACCAUGAAACCCUCUAAGUCCCCUAUUAAGCUUCCUCUGGAGUACUCAGUGGACCAGCAGAAAACUCACUGGUUCUCUCUCUAUCACUCACUGCAGCACUACAAGUACCAUACAUAUCUGAUGUGUAUGGAGGAGAUUGCGCUGUUGCGCUCGCGAGGUGUGGAUCUGGGACAGGAGGAGACGGUGCAGAAAUGCAUGAGCAACAGAGCCUGGCUGGAGGGUCUGUUUGACCGCUUUGGGGAGCUUUUAACACAGGUACAGCAGGCCUGCCUGUAGCCGUGGUAACGGACCACCGUCUAUGGACGAAUGGAUAGCUGACUGAAUCCGAGGACGCUGAUCGUGGCUGUCCCUGUUUUUUGAAGCACUAAAUGAUGAGAUGGAGCACCAGCACUGUGAGGAAAAGCUCCCAAGAGUUUUUAAACAAACAUGGUGGCAAAACAUGGAGAGCUGUUCUUAGAACCACAGAGACGGUGGAUUGUAAUUAUGGUCUUUUCUUUAGAUCAGGCUUUGAAGUUUUUCUUUUAUAUAUAUAGUUGGCCAGGCUUAGGCAUAGAUGGGCUUUCUCAACACCCUACCUACGGUUGUCUCUCUCCAAGCAUUAAUGGACCAGGACAGUUCACGUGGUACAGAAUGCCUCGCCUGGGAUUUUAAAACACUAAUUUAAAAACAAAAAGAAUGACAGGUGUCAGUGUGUGCUUUGAGGCUGGGAAAAGAGAGGUGAUUAUUAUUGUAUAAAUUUAUAUAUACAUAGAUAUAUAUGUAUAAAACAUCCAUUUUUUACAAUGGAACGCCAAAUUUAUAUAUGAUACUGUACAUUUUGUAAAGAGAGCUCUUUUGUCAAAUGAUUCUCUCCAGAAUGAAUUUGACGUAAUACAGAAUACUUACCUAUUGUGCUUUUAAAACUCCUGUAGUUAUGACCGAGUUCAUACACUUGGAGUUGGUGCAAUUCUAAUACUGCUUUUGUGAUAAUUUGUUGUAAUAAACAUUUACAAUAACUAUUUUCUCUGAGGAAAAAUGUUUUAUACUGUUUUUCCCUCAAGACAUACGCUUUAUCUCAACGAUAGAUGUAUUUUUCACAGACGGAAAUAUUGUGGUCAGUUUGUUUCAUGCUCAUCUUUGUGGUACAUGCUGUUUUUCAACAGAGAAGCCCUAUAAAUUUAUAUGAAAAAUACACAUUAUAUACUUUACGGUGUAUUAUUUCUUAAGAUCAAGUAGGAUAUUACAAAUUUCCACGGUUGUACACAGAUGACUAUGCUGACGGCAUCGGUUUUGGGUUGUUUUUUUUUUUGUUGUUGUUUUGUUUUUGUUUUUUCGCUUUUCGACUGUAGCUGUGUUGCAAACUGCAAUUAUUUUCUGAUAUGUGAAAAUAAAUUUCCUACUAAAUGAAAGCGAAA